UCAAUUAUGAAUGACAUCUGACUUGCGUCUGCAAUCAGUAAUGACACAAACACAAAAAUAAGAAAAAGGGUAAUUUUUGUGAAUCUUCAUUUUUUUCUGACUGUGUGAUAUUUUCAAUUUUUCAAUUAUUUAUUGGCGAUAUGAAGUACAUUCCAAACUUGUAGUUGCACGAGAAUCCUGUGAAGGCUACGAAACAAUUCACCACUAUGGCUGAAGAAUUAUCAAAUGGAGAUAUUUGUAGAGUGUGCCGCUCUGAAGGAGGCACAGAUCGCCCCCUGUUUCACCCUUGUAUUUGCACUGGAAGCAUUAAAUGGAUACAUCAAGAGUGUCUUGUACAGUGGAUGAGAUAUUCUAGGAAAGAGUAUUGUGAACUAUGUGGCCACAAAUUCUCUUUUACCCCUAUUUAUUCUCCAGAUAUGCCCAGACGUCUGCCAGUCAAGGAUUUAAUAUCUGGACUGCUGUCGUCUGUAGCAACAGCUGUUAAAUAUUGGAUGCACUACACUUUAGUUGCAAUUGCUUGGCUUGGAAUUGUACCUUUAACAGCUUGCAGAAUAUAUAGGGCUCUAUUUGCAGGAACCAUAGAUGCAAUACUGACUCUGCCAUUUGAAAUGUUAUCAAAUGAAAACUUGGCUGCUGAUAUCUUUCAGGGGUGUUUUGUUGUUUGUUGUACUUUGUUUGCUUUUGCUGGCCUGGUGUGGUUAAGAGAGCAAAUUUUACAUGGAGGAGGUCCAGACUGGUUGUUGAGAGAGGAAAUUGGUGCAGGGCUAGAUAAUCCACCAAGGAUGCUUAAUAAUCAGAAUAUUAUAUUGGAAGAACUGCAAGACAUUGAAGAAGAUAAUGGGGUUCCUAAUAAUGAAGAAGCUGAACAAAAUCAAGAAAACCAAGAGCAGCCAGAACAAGAAGGUAACCUGGGAGAAGACAAUAAUUGGAUCCCCAUGGAAUGGGACAGAGCAGUGGAGGAAAUAACUUGGGAAAGGCUGCUUGGCUUGGAUGGUUCUUUAAUGUUUCUAGAGCAUGUCUUCUGGGUCAUUAGCCUAAAUACCCUUUUUAUUAUAAUUUUCGCUUACGCGCCUUACCACAUGGGCGUCCUCACCUUAAACCUAUUCAACUUGCAAGAAUACGCUUCCGAAAGCCAUUUCGAAGGGCUAUUAACCACAUUGGUAGGCUACAAUACUGUUGGCCUUUUAUUUUUAAUUUUACACCGAACCUCCGGGUUUCUCGGGUUGUUUACCGCCAAAAGAAUUUUGGGUCUGUGUUAUGUGGUGGUAAAAGUGUCCAUGCUGGCAGUAAUUGAGAUCGGAAUUAUUCCACUAGUGUGUGGAUGGUGGUUGGACAUUUGCUCUCUAAAUAUGUUCGAAGCGACUCUAAAAGAUCGUGAACAAAGCUUCAGGGCGGCCCCGGGAACUUCCAUAUUUUUACAUUGGCUUGUUGGACUUGUAUAUGUUUACUACUUUGCCUCAUUCAUUCUUUUAUUAAGGGAAAUUGUGCGUCCUGGUGUUUUAUGGUUCAUGAGAAACUUUAACGAUCCAGACUUUAGUCCCAUACAAGAAAUGAUCCAUCUUCCUAUAUUGGAACACAUCAGAAAACUAAUUGUUUCAGCAGUGAUUUUUGGCAGUGCAGUACUGCUAAUGUUAUGGCUUCCCAUACGAAUAAUAAAAAUGCUGUUGCCCACAUUCUUACCUUAUACUGUUUCCUUAAACAAUGAAAGCCAAGUGAACGAACUCAGUUUGGAGCUGCUGUUGCUCCAAGUGAUCUUGCCGGCCCUUUUGGAACAAUCCCAUACCAGGGUGUGGCUAAAGGCUUUUGUCAGAUGGUGGUGCAAAAUAAUCGCUUGGGUGUUGAAUUUGCAUUCGUAUUUAUUGGGGGAUCAGAACGAGGAAGUUAAUGAGAAUGACAAUAAUGCGGAGAGGCAGGAAGACGCUUUAGGACAAGAUGGAGGCAAUUUGGCGGCGGUGCAUCAGGCAUUGUUUAUGAUGGAGACUCCUACUGGUUACCAACCGUACCAACGCCCCACCUUCUUCCUGGUACGUCUCUUCUUGCUCCUAGUAACCGUCUGCUGGUCCCUGGUUCUCUUCUCAGUGGUCGCCCUAACGGUACCAGUAUGGCUCGGACGUAGAGUGAUGGCCCUGUGGCUCGUGGGUGCUCCGCCCCCGGCUCCCCAAAUCUCCACCACCGAAGCCAAAACGGAAGUAAAAGUCCACGAACUAUACACGGCCGCAUGCGGCCUGUAUUUGUGUUGGUUGGCGGCCAGGGCGGUCACUUUGGUACUCGGGUGGUUGCCGCAAGGGCGUGACGCGAUGAUGGGCAGACUGAGACAGUGGUUUUAUUUGGGGUUGAAAACGAUCGCGGCCAGCGUGUUAUUGUUGGGGGUAAUCCCGCUUUUGUUCGGGUUAUUAUUGGAAUUGGUGGUGAUUAUCCCUUUGAGGGUGCCAAUCCAUCAAACCCCGAUAUUGUUUAUAUGGCAAGAUUGGGCUCUGGGAGUGCUUUAUACGAAGAUUGCUUGUGCGAUCACCAUGAUGGGACCAGAUUGGGUUUUAAGAGCGGCAAUUGAACGAGUUUAUCGCGAUGGCAUAAGGGAUAUGAAUCUCUCUUUGAUUUUUAAGGAACUCGCCCUGCCUGUUAUAGUUUGUUUCGGGUUCGCUUUGGCUGUCCCGUAUGUACUCGCUUAUUCCGUGAUUCCGCUGUUCGUUUCCAAUUUGCAACUAAGGAAUUUAAUAGCCAGAAGGCUCUAUCCGUUUUUAUUGCUCGUAGCAACAGUGAAUAUCAUAAUCGUAUUGCAAAUUAGACAAUUUAAGAAGUUGUACGAGCAUAUUAAGAACGAUAAAUAUUUAGUAGGCCAACGGUUGGUCAAUUACGACCAUCGGAAGGCUCGCUCUCAAACGCCCGCAACGUAACUUUAAGAUGAAUUGAAACAAAAAAAUAAUUUAUUUAUAUUAAUAUAUUAUAAAAAGGAAUUUCUUCCACCUGAAGUGUCAACUGAAUGAUUUUUACAAAAUUGAAUCAAACCUCCCUAAAAACCCUCCUAUAUGAUAUUAAAGAUUACGUUCUUUAAGAUCAUUUUGCUCCAUGUGAACAACUAUGAAAUAAGGUAAGAUCAGAACCUUAUUCAUCUUGCAAACAAAUUAAUUUAAGGACUCUAAUAAGGGAUAAUUUAAUAGUAAAUAUAUAUAUUUUAACAUAAUAUCAACAUUAAUUUUGCUGUAUUGUUAGAGACUAAACCUAUCAACUCCUUAUUUAUAAAUAUAUAUAUAUACUAAAUGAUUUUAUUUUUAAAAUCUGCUAUAACUCAUUUCCCUAAAACUUGUGUUAAAUUAGCAAUUGUUUGUUUUAAGUGACAUUGUGAUAAAUCGCCAAUUUAAUAAAAACUGUAUAUAGCAAAAA